UCUUGGAUUAGCCUUGAAUUAAUGAUGACAAAUAUGGCACUAUUUUUCAUCUUGAGGAUUUCUCCAAAGGAUAAUAUUAAUCUGGCUAGGAAGAUGAAGUGAAAAAGAAUUAAAGUGUGAGAGAAUUAAAAGGAUAGUGGCCAAUCAUGCUACCAUGGUUGUCAAGUAGGAUAUGAUGCCAAGUGCCUGCAGUGGGUGGGAGUCCAGAUAUAUAAGCAGCCUGAACACGACAUCAGAUUCUAGUGGAAGAGGUGGCAGGCAGGAGAAGAUCUGCUUUCCGAAUGGCUCUUUGCACCAAUGUAUAUAAAGGGAAGCCUUGGGAUGAUGAAUUUAAUAACAUUUUAUCUAAGGUCAAGAUGGGGGUGAAGGAAAUUGUAAUCCAAUGGAUCAAGAAGUCAUUUAAUGGAGAAAGGUUGUCCCUGGUUUAUUUUUGUUACAAUAAAUGGAAAUAUUUGCAGUAGAAAUUUGCCAACUGGUUACACAGGACAAUGGACUUCAAGGUGACUCCAGUUCUGGCUUUUGUGCAUCAAGAAUGAAAGGAAACUUACAGAACUCCUGUUUUAAGAUUUCUGAAGAAUGGAUGGAGAGCCUUUUACUUCCAAUUUCUUUUCCUCUGGAAACUUCCCUUCUGAAAUUGGCAUUACCUUGGAACAGAAGACGACCUUUGCCUUUGUGCUUUUAUUGUUUAUUUUCCUUGGUGUUCUCAUUGUCCGAUGUUUUCGAAUCCUCUUAGACCCUUACAGGACUAUGCCAACUGCCACCUGGACAGAUGGGCUGGAGGGGCUAGAAAAAGGACAAUUUGAUUAUGUUUUAGCUUAGAGCCAGAAAUGUAGCUACUUAGAAACAUUUCUUGUUCUCACACAGGCAAAAUAAGCUAAAAUUGGAUGUAUAUUUGGGAAACAUGGUGAGCAUUUGAUGAAAAAAAAUCUCUGGUUUUAUCAAGGCUAGAUAUUACCCAGCUGGAAAAGGAUGACGGACAUAAUUUCUGGUUUGUUUUUGUGUCAAACUAAUUGAUUUGUAAGAACUUCAAUUCAUAUCAGUGCCAUGUAAGACUUCAAUCCUGUUCACAAAGUAAGCGACUUAUCUGGUGGCAUGAUUUAUUUUGAGACGAAUGCUGAUCUAACCUGAAAUCUAUCUAGUGACAGAUUUAAGAAUCUAGUCAACCUUGCCUGAUCAUACAAAUGAAGCAGGGUUAGCUUUCAUGACUCCAUGGAAGUCCAAGCUCCAUUGAUAGACUGGAUAAUUGGGAGGGGGGGGAGACAUAUCCCAGAAGAACCCAAAGUUAACUACAGAUAGUCCUUGAGUUACGGCCACAAUUGACUCCAAAAUUUAUGUUGCUAAGUGAAAAGUUUGUUAAGUGAGUUUGCCCCAUUUUACAACUUUUCUUGCCACAGUUGUUAAGUGAAUCAUUGCAUUUGUUAAGUUAGUAACAUAGUUGCUAAGUGAAUCUGCUUCCCCAUUGACUUUGCUUGUCAGAAGGUUGAAAAAGGUGGUCGCAUGACCCUGGGACAUUGCAACCGUCAUAAAUAUGAACCAGUUGCCAAGCAUCUGAAUUUAGAUCAUGUGAUCAUGGGAAUGCUGCAAUGAUGGUAAGAGUGAAAAGCAGUCAUAAGUCACUUUUUCCAGUGCCGUUGUAACUUUGAACGGUUACUAAAUGAAUUAUUGUAAGUUGAGGACUACCUGUACUUUUUUAACAGUGCCAAGAGAACUGAGAGAAUCAGCAGAAGUCAGCUUCAGGGUCUAUGAAGGUUUUGAUUCAUCUUCUCACCUUCAGAGCUGCUUCCUUACUUCUUCAGGAAGGAUAAAAAUAAGCAGCAGAAAAGAGCCAUAGGAGUACUAUGAGGCUCCAAGGGAUAGCAGAAAGCACCAGCAGGAAGUAGGCCUGGGCUAGGCAUGUGCCUGUUUCUGGCAAGCUUUGGUGUCAGCCUUGGCAAUCCUUUCAGCUUGAUGGAACAACAAUGCAUCACCUGUUUUGCAACAAAAGGCUCACUUUGAAAGCUGCAGGUAAACAGAUGCAAAUAUGGCAUAAGCUUACAGUAAGCUGAAAUUUAUCUACCCACACUUGGAAGCUGCAGGUAAUCAGAUGCUAAUAUGUCAUAAUCUACUCACACUUGACAUGAAGCCAAGUUUUAUUUUAUGCUCCCUGGUUACCAAAAGGAAUUGGGUCUCAGCUCCUUUUUAUAUAAACUUUUUGUACAGCUGCUCUUAAAUAAAUGGUCGCAUUGCCUGCAUCUGUUCCAACUCUUUGCGCUGUACUAACAGAAGAUGUUGCUUGCACAAAGUAAUUUGUGUAAAUAAUGAUUGUUUUAUGACCUAUUUACAUUAAGGGUCACGUCAAACCAUCAUGUGAAGUUAAACAUUUUCUCUCCUUUUCCUGUUCUUUUCUUGUUAUAUAAAGAUUUUUGUGUGUAAACGAAACAAACAAUGGAACAUGCUUUGAUUUCUACUACAAACAUGUUAGUCAUUAAAAGUCUAGACUCC